CCAUUUUUUCACAACUUCCAAAUACAAGCACGUGUAUUGCACGCAUUCUACAAUCUCUAUGGAAAAUAAUAUGAGUAGAAAGAAGCGAGUCCGAGUUGACUCGGACGACUCAGAAUAUAACUCACCGGAAGUGAAGAAACUCAGGGAGAACCUCUUAGAAGAUCUCACCGACGACGAGUUUUGCACCACGAGUCACGAUUUCGAUUCGUUCAUGAAGAGCUUCGAAGAAGAAAUCACAGCUUCGCCGGCGAAGGCGACGGAGACGGAAAUAGUGGAUUUGACGGUGGAUUCCGAUGAGUCUCAGCCGGAGUUAGGCUAUCUUCUGGAGGCGUCGGAUGAUGAGCUUGGACUUCCUCCGCCGGCGGCGAAGGCGGUGGAAAGUGAGACGGAGAUUGAGUUGAUGGGAAGUGAGUUAUGGGAAGUGGAAGAGAGAAUUCCGAAUUACGAUUCGUUCGAAUUGGGAAUGGCUGAUUUGGUGGAUUAUGAGGAUAGUGUUUGUGAAUACGUAGCGCUAGAUGGAUUAUUUGAUCAUUCGGAUCUUGGUUUCGGGUCACCCGAUUUUCUAUGGAGACCCGAGACGUUACCGGCAAACUAGGAAAUGUAAAUCUAUUUUUUUUUUUAAAAUCUUCUUUUAAUUUAUUAUUUAAUUUUAUAAUUAUAAAGCAAGAACAGAGCAUACAAAUUUGAUGAGCUGGAUUUA